AGCCUCCCUUUCUUUCAGGGCGGCCUCUUUUUCCGCCACCGCAGCUUCCUUGGCCGCGAGAGCAGCAUCUCUCUCAGCAAGAGCCUUUUCUUUAUUACUGAGCUCUUCGUCGAGAGAUCUAAUCUUGACGUCGAACUCAGUCUUCUGUUCUGUUUGUGUCUCGCGGAGUUUGGCAUUAU